UCUCUCUUUGCCUCCGAUAUGUGAUCCCUCUCGAUGCAACCUACCUUCUCACCUUUUGGAUUCACCGGUGUAAUCCCCGAUUGCCGGAAUCGGAAAUAACCCGUCGAUUCCCAAUAUCAAGCUGAAGAUCAUCCUCCAACAUUGUCGUGCUCAUAUAGGAUUUUGUGUGUAGUUGGUGGUUGAGAGAUUUGAGGAACUCUACUUAACCGAGAAUUGAGUUUGAACGAGUGAGGGAGAAGUGUUUGAGGGUUGACUGGGUUACUCGGUCUUCUACCCGGGUUUGGGUUGACCCGAUUUUGGAGUUGACUUGAUUUUUACAUUUUAUCAUGCGAAUUAGAGAGGCAUUGUUUAGUUACAAAGGAAUUUUAUGUGAAGAAGCUUGUGAGACUAGUUGAGAAGUUUUCUAGGUCUCUUGAGAACAUGAUCUUUUUGAAAAGCAUAAGGUGCAAUGGAAUGUUAUUUGGACCAUUCAAUUCAUUUUCACAAAUGAGAUGGAAAAAACCAGUUGUUUCAGCUCAGACUCGUCUGGAAACCAGAACGAAAGAUUUAAAGCUAGACAAGCACAUGACACAUAUUAACAAACUCAAAACCAUCCUCCAUAUCCACCAGCUUAUGUCCCAGCGAAAGCGUGGUCCCUUUGUCUCUGUGCAACUUAUGUCACGGUGGAGAAACAUUGUCGGUCUUAAUGUGGGCAUGGGUGCAUUUCUUCACAAGUAUCCGCAUGUGUUUAAGUUAUUUGAGCACCCCUUUAGGAGGAAUUUAUGCUGCAAGAUAACUCAAAGAAUGAGAAGUUUGAUUGAUGAGGAAGAAAAUGUUGUCAAAGAACAUGAAGCUGAAUUGGUGCAAAGAAUAAAGAAAUUGCUCAUGAUGUCAAGAAAUGGGACGCUUCAUGUCCAUGCUUUGAGGUUGAUUAGGGGAGAGCUUGGUUUGCCUGAGGAUUUUAGAGAUUCUAUUUUAAGAAGGUACUCAAAGGAUUUCAGAUUAGUUGAUUUGGAAAUUGUUGAACUGGUUGACAGAAAUGAGAGUUUGGCCAAGGCUGAAGUUGAAAAAUGGAGAGAACAAGAAUAUAUAGAUAAGUGGUUGAGUGAGUUUGAAACAAGUUAUGCAUUUCCCAUCAAUUUUCCGACAGGGUUUAAGAUAGAGAGGUGUUAUAGGGAGAAAUUAAAGAACUGGCAGAGGCUUCCCUAUUUGAAGCCUUAUGAGAGCAAGGAGGUUCUCAAAGUUUCUACUUGUGGAGGGACUGAACGUUUCGAGAAGCGGGCAGUUGGGAUUAUUCACGAGCUCUUGUGCUUGACAGUAGAGAAGAUGCUUGAAGUUGACAAAUUGGCUCAUUUUAGAAAGGAUUAUGCUAUUGAAGUUAAUGUGCGUGAACUGCUUUUGAAGCACCCUGGCAUUUUCUAUCUAUGUACCAAGGGAAGUACUCAGACUGUUUUUCUUAGAGAAGCCUAUUCCAAAGGGUGUUUAGCUAUGUCAAAUCCAAUUUAUGUUGUUCGAAGGAAAAUGUUGGACCUUAUCUUACUAGGGUGUCGAAAUACUAGAUCAAUGGAAGAUGUGGAAGAAAUUAAGGAGGAAAGAAAUGGUUCAGUUUUUAGAACAAAUGGGGAAGGCAGAAUAGAUGGAGACUGGGUUAUCCCAAUUUUAGAAAGUUAUGAUCAAAAUGCUUUUGGUAGUCUAGGUGAAAACCGUGAAAUCAAUGAUUCUAAACAACCAUUUGAUGGACGUGGACGCGAUGACUAGUUGAUAACGAUGCAUUGCACCUUUAUCUUUGCAACAUAUAGUCCCAUUUUCUUAAGUAAAUGGAUCCUAGCUUGAAUAGAGAUGGUGGGGUGUUUAAAAAUCAUAAUGUGCUUCAGAAGAUAACUAAAAGCUUACAUCAAGGCAGGGAGAAAAUGGUAAAUCUCUUGUUGCUUUCAUUCUCUAUUUUUCUUGUUGAAUGUUGAUUUAAGUCCUAUAUCUUUAUUUUGUUCUACAAAAUUGCCUUUCCAGUUAGAGC